CAUGCCACUCUGCUGUUGCCUGUCUCGCACAGAUUUGUGUUAGAACAACACUUCGCGACGUGCGAGCUGUUCCCCCUUGUCUCCUUCCUCUUGCUGUCCUGCUUCGCUCUUAGUUGAAAAGCGUGAUGAUGUCCAGCUGGUCGGCGAAAGUCUUGGAGAUGGACAACAGGGCACAUUUUGCAGAACUAUGUAUCUAAUUCCAAGGGUCCACUCAUAAACAGAAUGGAGUGAGAAUUCCUGCUCGGACCUUAUCUUGUAAAGCUCCACAGCUUUGAACUAAUUCAAGCAUGAGCUCUAGUGACCAGACAGAAGGAGAUGUGGAUAAAGAAGGGGAAGCGAAAGAGAGGCUGGCUACCAAAUCUCCAGACUGGGAACCGCAGUGUCCUUUGGCGAAAGGGGAGUCUGACGACUGGAAGGGGUCAAACAGACCCCGAAGCAGAUGGAAGAUCUUCUUUGUGGUACUUAACCUCGCUUUUGUAGUCCUUCUUCUCACACUCCUGCUGCUCUGGUACCUGAGAGUCAUACCAAAGGUUUUGUAUGUGGAGCCACCUAGAAAAGAAAGCGUCGGCUGCAGUUCGUUACGUCUUCCCCUGUGCCAUAAGUACAAAGUACCUUACGCCUACACAAUUUAUCCCAAUGGUAUGGGACAGACCAAUCAAAAUGAAGCGAGCGAAGCCAUCGCCCGCUACGAACCUCUGGUCAGUGUCAAGUGUUAUUCUCUUCUGCCCCUUUUUCUCUGCACUAUGUAUGCCCCAAAAUGUAUGGGAGAAGGAACACUGGUGCCCCCCUGCAGGUCUCUUUGCCAAGAGACGGUGAGAAAAUGCGAUUUCUUCUUAGGCGUCUUUUCUGUUUCUUGGCCAGAUGAAUUGGUGUGCGAUGAGCUGCCGGAUUCACCAGAUCCAGAAGUCUGCGUGGGAUACGAACAGAUGCGCAGCCUUGAAAUGUCAGCCAGAACUUGUGUUAAUGGAUUUCGUUGUGAUCGGACACGUUGCCUUCCUCAGUCUUGGGUGUGUGAUGGAUUCUCCGAUUGCACCGACGGAACGGACGAAAGAAAUUGUAGCGACUGCGGACCGGAUCAAUUCUAUUGCGGACAUGGUACGUGCAUUGAUAAGAGCCUUGUGUGCGACGGUAUUCGGGACUGCCCGGAUGGACGCGAAGAAAGGAGGUGCCUUCGUUUGAGUGGAGGUCAGGGUCAGAGCGGAGAAGGUCGCUUGGAGGCAUACAGUUUAAUUACGGACAGUUGGCAACCGGUGUGUGGUGACCAGUGGGACACCUCAACGAUGAGUCCCAGGGCCUGUGCCAUGCUUGGAUAUAAGAGCGUCAAAGAAACUCGAUUGAGAGAUGAGGCAUUCCCAGCUGAGAACAGAGUAGCUGUCGGAACAGUCAUUGAUGUCAGACGUCAAAUGAAGUCUCUUUUCUCCAGGAGCCACAAAGGCUGCGGAGAAGACAACGUUUACGUUUAUCUAAAAUGUCAAGAUUUCGAGUGUGGCAAGUCAGCAAUAAGUAUGGGUGGCAACAAACCAUCUUGGAGAAUAGUAGGAGGCAAGGAAUCAGAGCCUGGUGCUUGGCCAUGGUUAGUUGCUCUUCACGGAGGACCAGAUGAAGUCUUUUUCUGCGGUGGCGUCUUGCUGUCUGAGUGGUGGGUGCUCUCCGCAGCCCAUUGCGUUGGGAACCAAAGCGAUCCAAGUGGGUGGAGUCUGAAAUUGGGAAUGACUCGUCGUCCCUCUCAUCCUUCUUUCACACAAAGCAGGGGUGUGUCUCAGAUAGUUCGGCAUUCCGGUUUCAGUUCUGUCAGUCUCUACAGUAAUGAUAUCGUCCUUAUCCGUCUCGACAAACAUGUCACAUUCGACGCCUUCUUGAGACCGAUCUGUCUCCCUCCGCAUAACAUGCCUGUCUCAGAACUCCAGUCCUGCACUGUCAUUGGCUGGGGUAAACAACAGCACGAUGAUGAGGCCGAUUAUCAAAAAGUCAUACACCAAGUGGAAGUCCCCAUUGUGGAGUUCGAUACUUGCCUAGAAUGGUACUCUGCCCAGGAAGUAGUCAUCUCUGAUACUAUGCUCUGCGCUGGAUUCGCAGAAGGACAGAAGGAUGCUUGUCAGGGUGACAGUGGAGGACCUUUGGUUUGCAAGACAGAAGAUCACUGGUUUGUAGCUGGUGUUGUUAGUUGGGGUAUUAAAUGUGCCCAGCCUAAUUUACCAGGGAUCUACACUAAUGUUCCGCUUUAUGUGGAGUGGAUUCGAAAGACUGCAGAAGAAGCUGGAUAUCCGCUUUAAUGCCAGAACAUUUUAAAGAUGGUUCAAAAACAUUGCCAUCGGAUACUGAAAUCAUUAAAGAAUUUAAUAACAUAACUGAAAACGAAAAUAACAGAAGAUAACGUAAGACAUAAUUUUACAUUCAAGCAUGAGACUUGGUUUUUCUAGGCAACAAAAUUUCAAGCCUCUGAAACUUGCAACGUACUUAAAAGCAUCCUGGAACUAUCUCGAUGACUCCUUAUCGUUACAGAACAAUCUCGAAACAUAAUUCACUUGUAAAGAGCUGAGUAUUGGGCCACUGAAAUGUUUUUGAACAAUUAUGUUCUUGAUUACAUAAAAUUUUUGGUAUUACCUAUAAUGGAUGCUUUUGUAGUAGCUUCAACUGUUAUAAACUAUUAUAAGGAGCUUUUUUGUGCUCCGAUGAGCAGUUUCCUUGUCUCUUUUUCCACCAAUUUAUAGACACGAAGGCACUUUGAGAAGAUUUAUGUCCUAAUAUAGCUUCCUGAAAAGAGAGUAAAAAUAAAAAAAAAAAUGCGUGCUGGAAUCAAAUUACCAAAACAUAUUUUCAAAUUGUUGCAAUGUUAUAAUCUUUGGAAAAAAAUUUAGGUCUAAAAAAUUAAAAACUGACUACCAACAUAUCAGUAAUUUGAUAUUUAGUUUAAUAAUUAUAGGACAAAACUAUUAUCACUGUAUUUAUAUCAUACCUAUGCUAAGUAGCAUAAAGAAUUAAGAAGGAACAAAGUCGUUAAUACCUUCAAACCAAAGAAACAAAAAUCAUAUAUUCUUAUGGUAGGAAAGCUAUUAAUUUACUCUAGUAUUUAUGGCGGUCUUUUUCUUAGGUACCGAUUUUUCCUGGGAAUCAUAAUAUGGAUGUGGGAAAUAUUUUUCUUGAUUACUUUCGUACUUUGGCUCCUCUAAAACUAAAACUUGGGAAAACUGGUGUAAUUUGCAGUUGUCCUGAAUUACGUAAUUAAUGGCGUAUUAGUACUGACAUUCUGUGAUAAGCAGUUUUUUAACAAAAGUGGUAUUUUCUUUUUAGUUAGUGAUAAAAUCCUAUUCGUAUUAAGUAGGUGUUGUUGCCAGUCGAAGCUGAUGUAGGAGACUUUUCCUUUAUCGUUGAUAUUUUAAUCAGUCAUUUCUUCUGGAACUCUCAAAACCAUUUUGCAGUAAGUAUUAUUUCAUAUCGUGAGUGUCAUAAAAGAAAUAGGUCCCAGCAUGAUUUGAUAAAUUGCUAAGAAAAUGUGUAACUCCAUUUCUGAAUUACACUAUCGUCUGUCUCCAAAAUAAAAUUUAAUGGUUUUGAUUGAAUUUUGUAGUAUCAUAAUGAUUGCAAAUUGAUAUAAUAUUUCUUUCCUUAGUUUUGUUCAAAUAAUAAUAUGUUUUUAAUGAGGUAAUAUUUUCCUUUGUACAUCAUUUCACAUUCACUAAAGAAGUAUAGAAAGAAAUUCCGAGUCUUUCAAACUGAAUUUGUUUUUUGAGUUGACUUUUAACUUUGCAGAAAGAUUUUUUGGUCAUAUCACAAUAGCAAAAUAUUUUUGAAUUUUAUAUAUUCUCUUUCUUCUUAUGUUUCUGUUCUUUCAAGUUGGUAUUCUAUUGCUAAACACUAAAGAAUUUCUUCAAUAUAUCUUAGACCAGAAGUUUCUUGCUUCUUUAUCCUUGUAAUUAACCUCUUUUUUUUUUUUUUUUUUUUUUUUUUUUUUUUUUUUUUUUUAAUCUAAUUCUCAGACUUUUACUUCAAAAAGUCGAAAAGUUUAUUUCAUUCCAUCUGAAUUUAAAUCUUCUUUCUACAUUAUUUCCAAUAGCAAUAGAAUAUUUUGAAGCGAUUAUAAUGAAACGUUCAAAGGUUAAUUAAAGUUUAUUGUAUAAUAAACGUUCAAAGAUAAUAAAAUAUUCGAAGAAAGAAUUUUUCAAAAUAUGAUGAUUGGAAUUCUAAAAGGCACAAAUAAACAUAUUUAAUUAAGUACACAGUGAUAAAGCAUCAGCUUUUUCUCUCUUUAUGUCAGAAUUUUUAUAAAUUAUUAAAUUAUUAAAAAAUUAUUAAAAUAAGUGUAACUUUUUUUAGGACCUAUAAGAUUCAUUUUUCGUAAUCUUUUCUGCGUAAACCUGUUGAUUAUUUUUAUUUUUGAUGAUUUUUUUAUAAAUUGAUAGACAGUGUAUUAAAUUUAUACGAAUGGAAUUAUUUUGCAUAUACUCUGAAUAUAAACCGAAUUCUUUAAUUGCUUUGGCUUUAAGAAGACAAUUAUAUGUGCUUAAGUUUUCAGUUAAAACUGAAAAUAAGAAUUUUUAAUCUCAAUGAAAUGUUCCAGAAUUUGAACGAAAUCUCUUAAGAAUCAUGUGAAUCUUCUUACAUUCUAAAAUACUCAAAUGAAUAACCACAUAUCAACUGAGAAAAUCUUUUGCAAUUUGAGCGUAAGGGAAUACAUUCUACGAUAUCUCUCCCCCGCCUUCCCAAGAAAAAACAUAUAUUUUGUAUAUUUAGAAAAUAUUUUAAUUAUAAUAUAUAAUUAGGCAAAAGUCACACUUAAGUUGGCUUAUCAAAAACUCCAUUGAUUUUGAGGACAUCAAACAAUUUAAACAUAAUGGACAAAACGAUGAAAUUGUAAGAAUGUAUGCAAAAUCAGGUUUGGGGGAAUAGGGAUUUUGUAUAUUAAAUCAACUUCUAGAUUUUUUUUUAAUUUUUAAUAUCAAAUCAUUUUUUAAACAUUUCAUUGAAAAUAUAUAUUAAAAAAAAACACAAAUAAAUUCUCUAAACAGCUAAAUUUUUGUAAUCUUAAAGAAAGCAAAACGUUUUCACACUGUAAGCAAAAUUUCGAAAUUGGUGAGAAAUUUCAAAACGUUAUGCUAUUUCCUCUAAAAAUUAAAAAAUAUUCAUCAAAGCCUGCAGUCACAAACAUACCAACGAUUUUAAUCCUGUUUUGCCCCAUGAACCCGUUUCCUCAUUUGCCAGAUCGACAUGUCCUUCUCUUUCCAAAAAUCGAAAAAUACAUAUACAUUUAUUUCGUUUAGAUUAUAACCGCAAAACAGAAAGCAGACGGAGUCAGGCUGACCGCAUCUUCUCCCUGAAUGAAUAAAAUUUCUCACCAAGGAAAGAUUUACUCCAAGCUAAAUCAAUAUAUAUAUAAUUAAAGCAAAGCGUUUAAAUAUGAAUACUGUUAUAUUUUUAGUUGGUAAAUUCUUAAGAGUAAUACUAAAUCAUGAAAGCUUCGUUACUAAGAAAUAACUAAUGUGAAGAAGUAAUAUGAGAAAAAUAGAAAUAACUUCAUGGUAUGUCAUUUGUAACUGAAGUAAUUAACUUCAUGGAAUGCAUAUUUUUUUAUUUACCUGCAACCUCAUUUCCCCAAAAAGCUUAAGUACUUGUUAAUUAAAAAUUAAGAAGAAAUGAGGGAAAAAACGAAACAUUUCUCUGUUCAUUUCUGGUGAUAUAUGCAAUUAUGCACCUUCAAAAUUGUUUCCCUAAAAAAAAGCACAUUUUUGGAUUUAUUUUUCUUUUACCGGCAGUAGCUUAGCUGUUAAGAUGCACAAGAUGUAACAAUAAAGGUGUGUACUGCAUUUAAUGUAUAGAAGUUGGAAUCUGAUAUUGUAAACAAAUGUGUGUGUAAACUUAUUAUAUGUUGUAUUUUUAUGCGAAAAAUUAAAUGCAUAUUUUAAAUUGUCUGUAACUAGUUAGUAUAAUUAUUGCAUCUGUUACAUGUACAUAUAGACGUAAAAUAUAAGCGAUGUAAAAAUGGCCACUUCAAAAUAGUGAUGUUUGUUUCAUUAUGUAAGUGAAAAUAAUAAAUAAAGUUACGGUCCUUAUUGUUA